AGUUUGUGGCCUAAUUACGGGUGAAUAUGAGUGCUUCGGGGAGAAAACGUGUUUCUAAAUGGGAUACCAAGGAAGAAGACACUCAGCAUCUUACUGGAAAUGAUUACCCUGGGAAAUCAGGUUACAAAGAUCCCGAGCAUGCACGGUUCUAUCCAGAGGGUAAUGGUAGAAAUGGAAGUAGGAGGUCUGGUCCCGAUGAUGACGUUGAGCAUUUGAAAUCUAGACAACACUCAGGAGAGGCUUGGCCGUCCAGAAGCAGAGUUUCACAUGAUGACGGUGAUGCCAUGAUGGGUUACUAUGAUCCUAGAAAGUCUUCUGAACAAGAUGAGAGCAGGCAACAGUAUCUCCGCCAGUCACCUUCGAGGGACCGGUCUAGAGCCCGUAGGAGUGGAAGUAGAAGUAACAGCAGGAGUAGGAGCAGGAGCCGAAGCCCAUUGCAGAGAGUAAGGCGAGAUGGAGGAGGAUCCUAUGACAAACACAAGUCGAGAGCACGGGUUUCUCCAAGGUCAGGGAGAGAAUUUGAUGGUAGAUACAAUAGAGCUGGUGACUAUGAUUGGGAGGCUAAGAAUAGAAAGACAAGGGAUACCAACUACUAUACAGAAGAUUCCCGGGAACAACAGCCCGUGAGGGUCGGUGGCAGGACUGACUAUAGCUCUGAUUUUCUAGAGGAGAAUCAUAACUCAAGAAGAGAAACUCUAGAUCCAACCAUUAGAAGCCAUAGAAACGAGUUAGCGAGAGAGAGAGAAACGCAGAGAAGGGAUGUUCCCGAGGGAGAAUUCCACAGGAGCUCCAAUGUUCCAUGCAGAUUUUUUGCUUCAGGUUCAGGGUAUUGUCGCAAUGGAAACAAUUGUAGGUUUUCACACCAUGGUGCUCCUGUAAGGGGAAGUCCUGAGAGAAAGCCGCAAAACGAGAUUUAUAGUAGACAGGACAAUAAUAAUCAUAGUGGCACGACAGAGAGGAUGCGAAACAGUCAUAGAUGGAACGAUACUGAAAGAUCAGAUGCAGGAAAGUCCAGUGAUGUCGAAAUUUUUCGUGUCAGUAAAGGUAUGUCUGAAGCUAAGGGGAAUAAUAGCAGCUGGAUUGAUGAUAUGGAGAUGUCUCCAGAUUGGAAUUAUGGUGUUAAAACUUUGAAGAAACCCGUGAAUGAAGAGCACGGCGGCGUAUCUCAGAGCUCACAAUCACGAGUCCUUAAAGAUGCUUUAGCACCUGCUUAUGAGCAUGGUGCUGCAGCAGUAGCUCAGCAAGAUGGAAAUCGAAGGAAUAUUGGUAUGUUUUCAACUGUGGGUGAAAAAACUGUAGCUUCUGCGCAUCACAGUUUCAGUAACAACCUCGCUACCUCGGCUCCUCCGGUCCAAGCAUUCAGCCAGAACAUUGAGAAUCAUAGUGCAGUGCCUUACCAAAGCACACCACUAGCGGUUGGAGGAAGUCAAGUGCUGCUACCUGCUGUUACAAACCUUCCCGGAGGCUUAAACUCGGGCAAUCCGGAGAACGGAAAUGCUCAAAACACUGUGAGUAGGGAAGAGCUCAAUCACAUUAGCAACAUCUCAGCAUCUCUAGCACAGUUUUUUGGAAACGGGCAGCCAAUUCCACAGCUUCAAUCUACUUUGAAUCCCAAACAGGCAAUGCAGGUGCCUGAAGUAUAUGGAAAAAAGGAACAGUCUUCACAUACUCAAAGUGACCUCCCCAGUAAUAAUUCUAUUCAUACUGGAGGAGUUCCAGCGGUAACCGCAUUACCGAUAAACAACAGCGACACAGAACAAGUGCGGAUUCCCGAAAUUGUGAUCUCAUUAGCUGGAAAUCCAAAGGCUUCUUCUGAAGAAGACGUGGACAAAAAGACAGAUGAAGAAGCUAGCAAAGAGCCAGAUGAGAGAAAGACUGGAGAAAAAAAAGACACCGCGGAGGAUACUGAGAACGUAGUAGAGGAAGAAGAAGAUGAUGGGGCGGUCGAUGAAGACAACAAGAAAGAAAAAGAUCCCAAAGGAAUGAGAGCGUUCAAAUUUGCUCUAGUUGAAAUUGUCAAGGAGCUUCUAAAACCUGCUUGGAAAGAAGGUGGGAUGAACAAAGAUGCUUACAAAAACAUAGUCAAGAAGGUCGUUGACAAAGUAACGGGAGCAAUUCAGACCGGAAACAUUCCUCAAACACAAGAGAAGAUCGACCAUUAUCUAUCAGCUUCAAAACCAAAGCUUACCAAGCUUGUUCAGGCAUAUGUUAGCAAAGUUAAGAAGAGCUAAAUUAAAUGGAACUCCAUUGUUUCUCUAAAUUGAAAACCACCAUAAAAGCUGGAGCUGCUGAGAAAUGUUAAAAACUUCUACUUCACUUUGAGGUAGGUGAAGAAUCAGGCAAGCUAAUGUUUGCUUCUUGGUCUUCAGUUGUGUGUAGAUAUAGAUAUUCCGCAGAGAUUUUGUCGGAUUUAGAAAAGGAAUUUUUUUUUUUGUUGGAUUUAAUAAUUUAGCAGAGCAGAGCAGGACAAAGGUUCCAUUUAUCGGUUCUGUGUUGUCAGAUUAUAGAAAAGGUAGAACAACAAGUUAGAUGUUGAUUUUUGUCUUGUAACGCUUUUUGUUCUUUACCAGUUUCGAUCUUAAUCUGAACUCUUUUGCUCAAUCUUCUUCUUGGUUAGGUUAUAUGAUUUGUAAAAUAAAAUCUGAAAUCUUAA